CGCUGUGCCGGCGACAGGCGCAGGCUGGUCUCUGGAGGCAGCCCGCGAGCCACAGCCUCUCCCUCCCCCUCCAGAGCGGCCCUGCUGCUGUUCCACCCCGCCGGGCCGGGCUCCGCAGCAGCCAAUGAGCUUCCCCGCCGUGGGGGAGCGCCAAUGGGCUCACCUCCACCUGCCUCCUGCUCACACACUAGGUACGCGGCCGGGCAGGCUGGAGAAAGCGAGGCGGGCGGGCCAAACCAAGUGUCCCUUGAAACGCAUCCGCCACGCAGCCGGUCUCGGCCGCCCCGGAGGGAUGGUGAGGUACAGGUGGCUUCUCUAACGGACGUUGCCCGAAUGGCCUGUUAAGGAGCGGCUGAGAGGCUCACCUGCAAAGCGGGCGGGCGGGCGCCUGAAGGUCGGCCCCGGGCUCUUUCCCCCAGGCGCCGGCCGGCAGCAGCAGCCUGUUGCAUUGGCAGCGGGAGUUCCCCUGGGACCAGAGCCGGCUACCUGCGUUCUCCGCCCCGCAGGGACACUCGCCGCGGCUCCCCCUGCAGGCGCGGGCCCUAGGGCGGAGGGAGCCUCGCCGCCGCCGGCCCUCGCAGAUUCCCGCCAGGUUAGUCAAGGGUCUAAAUCUGUACCAACCCUAUCUUUUACAUCGGGGAAUUGGUGGCGGUUUGCGACACUGUGGCCUGGUCCCCACUAAGCCCCCACUUCGGACUAAGGAGCCGCGCCGCGAGCGCCCCGGGGAGUUCCCUGCCUCGCACGUGGUCGCAGCCCAGGUGAGCCGAGCCGGAGCGGGGAGCGGCUGCCUCCUGCCCAGGCGGCGGUGGCUGGGCGCCGGGAGAAGAUGGCUGACAGCACCGCGGCCACGGGCUCCUGGUGGAAAGCGCUGACCAGCAGCAGGAAAAAAGCCAAGGAGGGGCCGGUGGCCGGAGCGCCGCCGCCCCCGGCUGAGCCCGCCCUGCCGCCGGCGCCCCCCGGCCCGGACUCUCGGGAGAACCAGCAGCCCAACUUCAGCAGCAGCGAGCCCAAGUUCGGCGAGAAGCCCGGCGGCGGCAGCAGCAGCAGCCGCAGGAACCUGAAGAUCUCCCGCUCCGGCCGCUUCAAGGAGAAGCGCAAGGUGCGAGCCCCUCUGCUGGCCGAGAGCCCCACGCUGUUCGAGGGCAGCGCGCCCAGCCACGCCGGCGAGGAGAGGCAAUAGCUGCGGCUGUUUGCUGCCGUACAGCCUCCGUGUGACCGACACUGGCCCUUGCAGCCAGUCCCCCAGCUCUCGCUCCUCCACCACCCAAGGAGCCGUGACUCCGUGUGGGCUAGAGGAGGAGACACCUGCUGCUUUGGAAACGCCUCGGGUGCCUCCCGUCGCUAGGAGGAGGCCUUCUCUCCCCGGGGGGCGCGGUGACCCCGCUGUAACCAGGGCAGGGAUGAACCUAUUCUCUCGUUCGGAUUCCAAAUUUUGGAAACAAAAAUAAUCCCAGCGCCGUGUGUCUCUGUUCCUGGCUGCUGCACUUUGGACUGGAAUAUCACCCUUGCUGGCUGGAGCUGACCAGCGCUGCCCUGCUGCUUAUUUUAGGGGGUAGGGCGGGUACCUUUCUUGAUCAAAAAUAGCUCAAGCAAAUGGGGAUGAAUUUUAAUAAUGAAAUAAAGCUGAAGUAUAAAUGCAGAUUUUCUUGGUCGGAAUUAGAAGGUGCAAAGACGCUACAAGCGUGACUAAGACAAUGCACUGCCAUAAAUUACUCGCGUGCUGUGUAAAUUAACAACGCGUAUAAACCAAAGUCUAGGAAGAGGAUAGGAACAUAUUCAAUUACAUUCACAAUGCAGUAGACUAUAAUAUGUUGUAGUGUCAGCACCAGGGCAACCUAUGUCCCUCCAGACGGCAGACCCCUUCCCCUCUGCGGUAGCUUUUCCAAAUAGGUGGCUAUCCUUUCUCGGCUUUCUGACCAAGGGGAUUGUUCAUUGCUCUAAUACACUAAGAUGAACCCUCUUUUAAAGGGAAUGAGAUUGAAGUAUUCUUACCUAAAUUCAAGGCCAAGAACUUCCAGGGGUACCUGUAGAUCUCUAACAAUCAUGGUCCUGUUUGCCUCUAGUAGAUACGUCAAGCAAAAGAGUAAACGAAUCCCUCUUACAUUCAGUGAGUUAUAAGAGGGUUAUUGUAAGUGAGAGGCGCUUGGGUUCCCCUGCUCCCAUCUAAGUGUUAGGAUUUGCCUCUUGUCUAUUUGAAUAGAAUUUCUCUCUCCAUCCUUCCCCCCUCCCACCAAACUUCUAGGUAAUUACAAGGAAUUGCUCAAGAGGUGAAUCUGUAAUUUUCUUGUAGAGAAGAGCUCUUCAGAUUUGUCAUUCAGCUCACUAAGGAAGGUACACAAUGCAUUUAGUAUGGUUCUCUGGUAACUGAUGGUUUCAAUCUAAUGAAACUCAACCAAAGACAUUGGGUGAUAACACGUAAAUGUCUUUUAGGGAGAGAAUAACUCUGGUGAUGCUGAACAGAGUUGUGUUUAGUAUGUUUGCAGCCAACACUGAAAGCAAGAAUGCUCAUUAACAUGUAAAUGGCUAUUGGUGGUGAUGAUGGUGGUCUUAGCCUUUAUCCCUAUGAAAACAGGCUCAAGGUUCCCAAAGUUUCUGCUGGUUGCAAUCAAGCACGAAGUGGAACUACUGAUUCUCCUAAUAACUGAAAUCUCAAACAUCCCUUGAGUUUUCAGAAAGGCCCUAUCACAAAGCGAACCAUUAGCCAAAACACAUCGGCUGAGACGCUGAGAUGUAAUGAGGAAAACUAGAGUGGAAAAAUGUCUGUCUAUAGUAUCUAAGGUAAAUAAAACUGAUUUUGAAAACCUAAA